AUGUUGUACCUGAUAGAGCACGGUGCACGUGUGGGGGCGGUGAACAGUGAAGGAGAGCUUCCUCUGGAUGUGGUCACUGAGGAUGCUAUGGAGAGACUGCUGAAGGGGGAGAUCAAGAAACAAGGGGUUGACGUGGACAUGGCACGACGGGAAGAGGAGCGGGUGAUGCUGGCGGAUGCCAACGCGGUGCUGGCAGGAAGUGGCGUGCUGACACCUCAUCCUAACACCAAGGCCACAGCGCUGCACGUGGCCGCUGCCAAGGGCUACAUAGAGGUCAUGAAGGUCCUGCUCCAGUGUGGUCUGGAUUUGGACAGUGGUGAUGUGGAUGGCUGGACAGCCCUGCACGCUGCCGCUCACUGGGGACAGCAGGAGGUGUGUUCUCUGCUGGCUGACAACAUGUGUGAGAUGGCUGCUCUCAACAACGUGGGACAAACCCCUCUAGAGGUAGCAGAUGACACCCUAGUGGACACUCUGGAGGAGCUGACAAAGAAACAAAAUUCUCUGCGUACAGAAAAAGCCAAGCUGUCCCAGCCUCCUGUCAUCGAGACCAGCCCUCCUAUCAAUGUGGCAUCGGUUCGACCACGCAAGACCUCAAUCUCUCGUAUGAGCAGCCGGGAGAAGAUCUGCCUCCACGAGAGGGAGAAGCACCCUCCCCCUGCCCUGACCAGCAGCCCUGCUGAGGAUGAGGAUGAGGAGGGGGUACAGACUCAGCAUGGGACACAGGGACAGGCCCAAGCCUCCAGCAGCUCCAGUUCAGAAGAAGAGGAGGACGAGUCUGAGAGCGAUGCAGAAUCAGAGAAAGCCAAAACCCGAGAGAUCAUCAACAACUUUAACAACAAACGCAACAGCUCCUCCCCCCACACUACCUCCAUGGCAACCAGCACUUCAGGAAACACCGUUAAAAAGCAGGACCCAGGGAAGCCCCCAGCCCCAGAGGCAUCACCUAGCUCAGCCCCUGGUGCGGCCCCUGGCUCCUGGAGGACCUCUCUUCGUAAAGCAGGCAGCUCCGUGACCCUGGGGCCUUCAGGUACCACCGACCCAAGUCAGGAGUCCACCCGCGGGCCUGAGUCGGGCCUGGGUAUGAUCCGCUCUGCCUCCAGCCCACGCCUCAGCUCUGACACCAGUACAGACACCAAGGAACCCAGGACUGCCAGAGUGAACCCCAUUCCAACCAGACGUCUCUUCAGUAUACCAGACAGCAACCCAGACAGCACUAGCAGCUGGCUGAGUCGUAGCGCCUCUUACACCCGCCGCCUCAAUAGCACAGGAUGUGAUCUCAGUAGCUCCACCCCCUCCUUGCCUCUCAGCUCAUCCUGUGGACGCAGACUGGAUGACCCCACAGUGACCUCAACAACAGGAACUGGAAGUAGCUUCUCUGCUGGACUCAGUCGUCUCAACAUCCUAGUGGCCCAGAGACUGGCUCAGGAGCAGGCAGAGAAGAAGAAGGAGCAGUGUUCUGUCACCUCCAACUCUGUCACCACGACGACCGGCGGUGACUUGGAGACAAAGCAGAGGCGCAAAUCCUACUUGACCCCGGUUCGUGAUGAGGAGGCGGAGGCUCAGAGGAAGGCUCGAUCCAGACACGCCAGACAGUCACGACGAUCCACUCAGGGCGUGACGCUCACAGACCUGCAGGAAGCUGACAAGACAAUGAAGACAGCCCAGACGGACGCAGGGAGAGAGAAGACCAGGAAAGAGGAGGAGGAGGAGGCGGCCAAUAAGAAGAGAGCAGAAGAGGGGGAGGUAAGCUGGAGGUCCCGUAUCGCCAACCUGCAGAAGUCUGACCUGCUGGGGCUGACUCAACCGGAUGGUACCUCUCGCCCCCCGACCUCUAGCCAGGAGACGAGUGGAGGGGAACGUGAGAGCGACCGUAUCGCCAGGGAGAGACGGAGGACCAGGAGGAGAGCUCAGAGGGCUGGAGAGAUUGAUGACAACGAGCCCAGUGGAGAGGAGGGGUUUGGAGGCAGUGGGCGCGCCAGCACCAGGUCUGACGUGUCAUGUAACGACUGUAUCGACAGAGGAGGAGGCUCUGAGACCAACGAUUACAAGAAGCUGUUUGAGAUGGUGUCCAGGGAAAAUGGUCAACUCCAGUCUCAGCUGCAGGACACCCAGAGGACCGUCUCUCAGACUAGACUGGACCUGGACAAGGCUACCCAGAGACAGGAGCGCUUUAGUGAUUGUUCAGCAAUGCUAGAGAUGGAGAAGAAGGAGCGGCGGAUGUUGGAGCGGCGUGUGGCUGAGCUGGAGGCAGAGUUGAAGGUGCUCGGUGACCUGAGAGCUGACAACCAGAGGCUGAAAGACGAGAACGGAGCGCUGAUCAGAGUCAUCAGUAAGCUCUCCAAAUAGACGGAGAGAACGAGAUACAACAGGGAUGCCCCCCUCGCUUCCUCCCAUCAUCCCUCCCUCCUGUCCAUCCACUCCUCCCAGUGCCAAAGAACAAGAGGGAGAGAGAGGUGGCGGGGGGGGAGCAGGUGAAGAGCAGCAGGAGAAUGUGGU